UAAGUCCUCAAUAAAUUAUUUUAUUCUGCAAUAUCAGUAUCGCAUGAGCUCUUGAACAGUGCAGACGUACGUAGUGUAGUGUAGAAGUAGAAGUAGUGAGUCAUCAUAUGAUUGCUCACGGUAGUAAGUGGGACAAAACAUUGCAUCGAAUUUCAGUUGUAAUCCGCCGUCUUUAUGCAAGUGAAGUGACCUACUUUCGCGCGGCCCUCCAGUAUCUUCUGCGUUCGCAUUUUCGCGGUCGUGAAAGCCGAAUAUGAGGGCCUUCCGUGAAGUAUGUUCGUGAAAUAGAACAAUGUCAACACCAAUUGGAAAAUUGUUGAAUCUUCAAAGUUCUCAUGUGCUCGAGUUUGAAGAGCAGGGAAACGAGGAAGAUAAAAACGAGAUCAUGGAACCCACCAACACAACAGAGAUCCAGUGUUCCCCGGAUCGCUACACAAAAUCGAAUAAGCUUCAAUCUGCAGCCGAGGGGGCGCUCUUCAUCGACUGGAAGGAGUCGAAUGAGAAGAGGAAUCAAUUAGAGAAAAGUAACGAAGAACUACUGCGAAAAAUUGAAAACUUGGAAUUACGAUUUCGGAAAAUUGAAGAGAACAUCGAUAUGCAACAGUCAAGCAGUCCAGUUCGUCCAGCUCAAGCAACAACUGAAGCAGUCGAGAACUACUCAACAAACGAAGAGGAAUUGUUAAAAGAGACAGAGUGGAUCAGGGUUCGCAACAAACGUGUUACGAAGAAGAGGAAGCUAAACAACACAUUGUCUCCUGAACCAAAAGAAGAGCCUGCUCGUAGUUUUCGUCAGGAAUCUGGAAAGUAGCUGAAGUUAUAAUGCUGCUCAAGCCAGGAAAAGAGCCACAUGAAGUAACUUCAUACAGACCGAUUUUUGAAAGGUAAUUAUUGAGUAGGCUCAAGCCAAUUAUAGAGAGUAAACAAUUGAUUCCUAAUAAUCAGUUUGGUUUCAGAGAAAACACUCCACAAGUGACCAGGUACAUAGAAUAAUUAAUGUGAUAGAGAAGUUUUUGGAAGAAAAAAGAUUUGUUCAGCAUCUUUUCUUGACAUAGGACAAGCUUUCGACAAAGUAUGGCAUGAAGGACUUUUUACAAGUUGAAGAAGCUGCUUCCCAAGCAAUUCACAGAAAUACUGCAAUUAUAUUUGGAUGGAAGGUACUUCCGAGUCAAGCAUGAAGAUUCAUAUUCUGAUAUGAGAGAGAAGAAAGCAGGAGUUGCACAGGGAAGUGUGUUGGGGCCAGUGCUUUACCUUCUCUUCACCAGUGAUAUUCCAAAUGUGGAGGAGGAGAAUAGCACAGCGACGUUUGCAGGCGACACUGACACUGCCCUACUAGCAGUCGACAGUGAUGUUCAUACUACAGAGAUCUGCUCCAGAUCUCUGUCAACAAAAGCUCCAGAGAUCUUUCAACAAAAUACAGGACUAGGCCAGAAAGUGGAGGAUGAGAAAUUUGCAAUAGCUGUUGUAAUCGGAAAAAAUAUUACAAAAACAGUAAAUUAUUUUACGCUAUCCAUUUCAAUCUUCAGCUGCCUCAAAAUUUAAAGACAUCAAUCACGAUUAAUAAUAUUGUAUUUUCCAAGAACAUUUACUUCCCUCAUUAUUUUUUAGAAAAUUCAGUAUCCUUAUAUAGGCCUUUCAGAUAAAUAGAGAUGUCAAUUUCUCUUGAAUACAUUUUGGAAAUGGAACAGUUUUGGGCUAGGCCUGUUGGUUCUUUUCUGAUCAUAUAUUUGAUUUGUUUUUUAUGAACUGUGAAUAAAUAAAUACAUUUGAAUUAGGUUAUCUUUCAAACGAAUGAGUGUUGUUCACUUAUAAAUACGCCACAGUUUGUUACGGUGGAGUUUUAACGAUGUUAUUUGUA